AUGCCAACUCCCUCUAUUUUUAGAAUUCGCAUAGUUUUCAUACCUGGGAUUGAAUCUUCCACGCCUUCAAACUCGAAAGAACAUACCUUAACCACAGUUGUAGGCACUAGAUCGAUCAAAAUAGGAGACUUAGAAGAGGAAGAAGUCACGACUGCAACAGUCCUAGGAGAAGAAGAGGACACGACAGUAGCAGUAGCAGUCCUAGUAGAGGAAGCAGACUUUGGUGAAGAUGAUUGA